CGUCACUGCAUCCAAUGGUUGGCGCGCUGAGCGAGGGGGCAGGGCAUCGAAAUGGCGGCGGUACUGGAGUUACUGCUGCUGGAGGAGGUUUCGGUGAACGCAGUAUUGCGCUGGUUGAUAACUACCACGCAGGAGACUUCUAUUGAACCCAACCUUGUCUGCUUUAAUCACCUUCGUAAGGACUUUGUACCUUUCCUGCUUAACUAUUUGCGUGAACAGACCCACCAGAUUAUUAGUAAUGGACCCUCUACACCUGCAAAGACCCCAAACUCCAAGGCCUUUUCAAGACAAAGCAGUCAUAUUAAGCAAAGCACGGUAACUGAAAAGAGGUCUGUAAAUGUAUCUGGCCAUCGUGGGAGCAGAAUUCAGCUUUUUAAUCAUACUCCCAAUAGUUCAUAUACUUCAGAUACUAGUUUUCCUUCACAUGCUUCUGUCUCCAAUGACUCUUCAUUCUUCAACAAGCCUGCUAAUUGUAGCUUUGGGAAAAACAUUAACACAAGUCCAAGUCUUGGUUGCAGCCCACUGAUCUCUCACAAUGAGAGGCGGUCAGCACACAAAGCUAAUCUAGGACAUUUUUUGGCCUACACCCCAGAGGGGCAAUCACAUAGGCGUAGCCGAAAAAAGAGUAACAGCUCUGGUCGCCAAGUGCCCAAAGACCAGAGUAGAAGAUCCAAUGAUGAGGAAAGUCAUUCUGAGAGCCCAUGGUAUACAAGCAGGAGAAAGCAAGAAUGCAAUAGCUCUCCUGUCUCUCCUCCAUCUGUUUCUGUGCCAAAUUUUGAUAAUUUGGAGGAGUUUCCACCAAUGAAUUCAUCCACUGGAAGUGCUAGCAAAUCCAAGCCAUCAAGAAGAAUCAAUCCUACACCUAUAAAUGAUGUGUAUGAUUCCAAAUCCAGAAUGUGUUUUACCUCUACUCCCAUAAGUCAGACCAGCAUUAGCAGGCAUCAGACAAGCACAGAUGUUUUUACUGCGGUUCAAGAGGAGAACUCGUCCCCUUCUAUGGGGGGCAGUCUUCAUGAGGAAAGGGAAAUACUGAAGAAGGAGAGAUCUAAACUGCUACAGCAUUCCUCAACCACUGCUGGAAUAUCGCUAGAUCCCAUCACUCCCACAAAACAGAGUUACUGUAGAAAUGCCAGUAUUUCAGCUGAUAGUCUGACCACUUGUGCUGAGCUUGCCAAGGUGACUUAUUCAAGGCAGCUGGGAAUACUUGCUGAGCUCUAUUCAUCGUGUAUAUCAGAAAAUCUUGUGCCAAACAUUUUCCUGGAGCUUUUCUUUGUUCUGCAGUUGCUCACAUCAAGAGGGCCUUCCUCUUCUGAUGAUGGGGGCAGUGAUCUUGAUAUCAAAAGAGGAUUCAAAGAUGCUGUGGAGCAACAACAUUUUCAAAGCGUACACAACUGUGUAUACUUUGCUGUGCUGGUUCUUGAUUUUCAGUUUCCUGUAAUUUCAUACUUGGACAAAGGCACCUUGAAAGUCUUGGCUGAAUGUGAUCGAGUUGGGGAAUUUUCUCCCAGUUUGCAGAAACAACUGCUUACAGCAUAUAAAAAAACAAGUACAGCUAAGGUUUCCCCUGUGAUCCCACCCACAAUACAGUCUGUGUCUUUUCAGCCUGAAACAGAUAACCGCUCUAACUUCCCCAGUGAUAGAGAGUUUCACAUUUUUAAAAAGCAGAGAGAUAUUUUCUAUGAGCUGCUCCGUGAGUGGGAAGAUAGUCAUGAAAAAACAGACUGGAAUUUUGAGCGUUGUCUUGGCAAUAAGAUCAGGGCCAUGAUGUUUAAUCUGUCAGCUGCUUGUAAUCACAGCCAUUUUGCCAGACUGUUUCAGAAGCAGCUUGUUCAGCUGUGUAAAGGACCAAGUGGAGGAGGUACCUCUGGUGACACCCCUGAUCAAGAUGUGCUUAAUAUGCUUGGCUCUGACAAUCUGAGCAAACUGAAGCGUCUUCAGGAGAGAUUUGUGACUCCGCAGAGUGUUGGUGGCCCGUGCCCUCCGCCUUCAUUUUCUGGAUAUCAGGAAUUCUUUAGAGACUUCAUACUCAGUGCAGGAAGUUACCUGUUCAACCAACACUUGAUGGACAGCCUGUGCCAAGAAAUUAAAAAGCUAGAUGGUAUUUCGAUUGAAGGACAUGAAUCGGCAGAUACAGUAGCUGACAUGGAUGAACAAGAUGAAAAAAAUCAUUUUGCUUCUGUUAUUUUGACUCUCCGGCUUCUUGCAAAGUUUCUGGGUUUUGUGACAUUCUUACCAUACCGGACAACAGAGAUUCUCUCAAAUGAGUUAAAGGUGACAGCAGCAGCAUUAAGGAACCAGAGCUUACCCAUGCUAGAUGUGUUGCAGUUGCUCAGAAGUGCCAUACAUAAGCAUCGUAUUGUGCUAACUGUGCCAUGGGCGGUGGAGUACUUAUCACAUGUGGAUCAAGUAGCCCCCUUCCUGGAUUAUUACAAAAAGGUGUUUGGUCUAUUGCUCUCUCUGUACAGAUACAAGCUCAUCCUUGCUGAGGAAAAGGAGAUUUGUUUCUUGAAUAAAAUGCUGCUACUUGCUGUGUUGGGCUGGCUUUUUCAGGUACCUUCAGUGCCAGAAGAAAUGUUCUUUAAUGAAAUUGUCCCUGAUGGUAUCACCAUUAAUAAUGUUGUUGUGGUGCAGGGUUUGGACUAUAUGCCUUUGGUGGACCAACAGCUUCUGUAUAUCUGUUGCCCAUACAUAGGAGAACUGAGGAAAUUGGUUAUGUCAUUUGUGGCUGGCUGUGGCUCUAAAAAUGGUGGAUUCAUCAGAAAAAUAACCCCCACUGCUGCAGAACCCCUGGUACAAAAGCCUUCUCUUACACAAAAGAAACUUCAAGCAGAGCUUGAACAAGCUUUCUUUCACAACCAGCCUCCUUCACUUCGUAGAACUGUAGAAUUUGUGGCAGAGCGAAUUGGAUCCAACUGUGUCAAAAAUAUCAAGGCUACUCUAGUUGCAGAACUUGUGAAAAGAGCAGAAGCCAUCAUGGAAGACAAAAUAACAGAAGACCAGUCCAGCAACAACAAGCUGUUGGACAAUUUGUGCUCUGAGUUGUGUGAGGAAGGCAAGCAGGCUGUGCAGACAGGCAGAGUUUAUUGCAAGAUGAAAGUGCCAGAGGCCAUCAGAGUCUUAUUGCCUGAGGAAGUAUCAGAAGGGGUGCGUAUUUUAUUUCAGAAAUUCUGUAGCCUGGUUUACCCAGUGUGGGAGCAUGCUACAUUUAGUUCAAUGGUGAUUGGUCAGUUAAACACUGAUUUGGAAGUGGUUGGAGAGGAGCGGAAGGAUAUCCUGUGUAUUGCAGUUGGGCCCCGUGGUGAAGAGGAGGGAGUAGAAUAUUCCCAACUCCAGAGUUUUGUUGAGCAAUUGUCUAAGGGCAUGAAGUGCAGAAAGUACCUGUACCCUAUGGCAGAACAUUAUCUUGCAAAGUGCAGUGUAGAACUGGCAUCUUUCUUAGUCUCUGCUCGAAUUCGAAUCCUUGGACUUCCAAAUUUACAGACUGACAGGGUAGACGGAUUACAGAGUGCCAGGAAUGAGGCAAUUUCUAGCCUGGUGAGCCAGUUGCUUUCUAUUUGGAAGACGGACUUCAGGGUGCCCAUCCCAUUACAUUUAAUUUUUAGCAAGAAGAACAUCAGCUGUAUCACAGAUGCUCAGCACCAAGAGUGGGAAAUGCUGGUAUUCAUGCUACAAGGCCUUGUACAGAGGGAGCUACUGGGGACUAAAGAAAUACAACAUCAUAUUCACAGACUUCAUGAAAAUACAGAACCAUCUGUCUUGUUCAAAGAUCUGGAAUCUAUAUCCAAAGCCCUCAGAUUUGACCAGGAAAUGGACAAAUUGAAAGAGACACCAUCCAUAUUGGUGACGCAGUCUAGCGGUACAGCUCUCGUGAACAAUUAGUAACUAGAACUCUGAACUGUCUCUUCAGUCAAUUUGUUUGCUGCUAUUUCUGCUCCACUUUAAAGCUGGGGCUGCUUUUGCUUUAAACUGUGAUGUACAAAUAUUGAGAGGAAAUCCCUUCACUUGUGUAACUGUUUUUCCUUGGAAUCUUCUUUUACAUCAAUCAAAGCUGCUUUCUUAAAUAUAAACGAGGACAGUAAUGCAUUAGAAAUGAGUUUAUAUCUGUGCUAUACCAUGGUAAGUAGUGUUGCUUCGUUUAAUACUCCACGGAUUGGUAGAAUCUUCCCACCAAAAAAAAGGGUUUACUCAGAAACAAAUCCUCAAUUCCUAUCAAUUUAACCACAAGCCUUGAGAGAAUCGUGAAAGAGCACCGUUUACCAGCACUUUUUUAUUUAGUGAAUUUAUUUUUUAUAAAUGAUGAAUCUGAUGUUUUUUUUAAACUCACAACUCUACUUGUAAGAUAAAAUAUUUUUUUCUGUGGCUUAUAGUUUUUUGUCUGUCUAAGUUUGCAAAUUGUAAAAGAGCUUGUGCUGCAUAAUUUUGUAUUAAACAAAAAAGUAUUUUAUUGUAAA